GCCUUACUGUGUGGUUGUGUGAAUGCCUUGGGAAAGUGGUCACUAAUGUACUGAACACCAUUAUUUUUUAGAAAUGUUGUGUGGUUCUGAAAAUGAAACAAGAAAAGCCAUCAGGCAAACUCAAGUAGUGUGUGUGUGUGUGAGCGUGUGUGUGUGUGUGCGUUCCUCAAAUAUUUCUUCCUAUGUUAUCCUGAUUGAUACCUGGCAACUUUGCCAAGAAUGCAGAAAUGGGCAACUUGUUUUAUAUUCGACACAUCAUUGUCCCAUGUCACCCCUCAACCCAAGCCCUCAUUGCUGAAUGACACUUGGGCAUUGACACAGUUUACAAAUGGGCGUGGCUUAAGUACUGUUCCCCAAGGAAGUCCGCCACACUAGUUUACAUGACCAGCAGGAGUGUGGGGGUUGUGUUUUGAUCCAGAGGUGAUGACCUUUUCAUGCCUUGCAGGUGUGUGUCAGCCAAUGGUGAUGAUGGAAGUAAUGUAGGUCAUGGCAGACAUUUUGAUUAGUGUUUGGAAACACUGACCAGGUCAGAGGACGAUUCACUUGAUCACUGAGUAGAUGGAAGCAAGCGGUAAUCUCUUGAGGUGGAAGUUUAGCUCCUGGUGACAUUUGUUUUCUCGUGUCCUGACCAGCCACCACCACCAGCAGACCGUGUGUGGGCAGCUGGAGAGAAGCAGACUUCUAGAGGAGGAAAAUGAGUGAACUGGACCAGUUACGCCAGGAGGCUGAGCAGCUCAAGAACCAGAUCCGAGAUGCCAGGAAGGCCUGUGCCGACGCUACGCUCUCACAGAUCACUGCCAACAUUGACCCUGUUGGGAGGAUUCAGAUGCGUACAAGACGAACAUUGAGAGGCCAUCUUGCAAAGAUAUAUGCCAUGCACUGGGGCACUGACUCCAGGCUCCUGGUCAGUGCCUCUCAAGAUGGCAAGCUCAUCAUCUGGGACAGUUACACCACAAAUAAGGUCCACGCCAUUCCGCUGCGCUCGUCCUGGGUGAUGACCUGUGCCUACGCGCCCUCAGGAAACUACGUGGCCUGCGGUGGCCUGGACAACAUCUGCUCCAUCUACAGCCUGAAGACCCGCGAGGGCAACGUGCGCGUCAGCCGCGAGCUGGCCGGACACACGGGCUACCUGUCCUGCUGCCGUUUCCUGGAUGACAACCAGAUUGUGACCAGCUCUGGCGACACCACCUGUGCUCUGUGGGACAUUGAGACUGGCCAGCAGACCACCACCUUCGCGGGGCACACCGGCGACGUGAUGAGCCUGUCCCUGGCCCCAGACGCCCGGAUAUUCGUGUCGGGCGCGUGCGACGCCUCGGCCAAGCUCUGGGACGUGCGAGAGGGCAUGUGCCGGCAGACCUUCACCGGCCACGAGUCUGACAUCAACGCCAUCUGCUUUUUCCCCAACGGCAACGCGUUUGCCACCGGCUCGGAUGACGCCACCUGCCGACUAUUUGAUCUGCGCGCCGACCAGGAGCUGAUGGUCUACUCGCACGACAACAUCAUCUGCGGCAUCACGUCCGUGGCCUUCUCCAAGAGCGGCCGCCUGCUGCUGGCCGGCUACGACGACUUCAACUGCAACGUCUGGGACACCCUGAAAGCCGACCGCGCCGGCGUGCUGGCCGGCCAUGACAACCGCGUGAGCUGCCUGGGCGUGACCGACGACGGCAUGGCCGUGGCCACAGGCUCCUGGGACAGCUUCCUCAAGAUCUGGAACUGAGGACGCCUGCUGCUCCCCCCCACGCCGCGGCAGAGAUAGUAAGAUGUCAUUUAAACUCCAAAGUUGACUGGAAGAUCAUUCCAACUUUAGAAUGUUCAAUUUCACAGCAUCUUCUCGAGAACACCGAAAAAAAAGAAAAAGGAAAAAAAAAACAACAAAAAACAAGAACUGACUCGAACACAACAGCAGCAACAACAACAGAAACUUGUAAGGGAAACCGAUGCCUUUCCUACACAAAGAAGAGCACAAUUUGUUUGAUCACCCAGCUUAACGUGCGAACGAAGACUUCCCGUGCUAUCAGUUUUGAGUAACUGUGCAUUCCUUUUAUGGACCAUUCAAUUUCACCCCUCAUCCCACGCUUAGCUAUCAUGUGUCUAGAAAGCAAAAUGUUGGAGUGUAAUUGUACAAAUUAUUUAACUUUUUUUGUGAAAAAGCUCAUUUCUCAAACGUAUGAUUUAUAGUAGUAAUUUUUGUCAUAUUUCCUCUCUUUAGAUAUGUUCCGAAACUAGCAUUUCUUUUAAUCCAAUUAAAUUGUAUGAGAAAGAUGAAACACACAAAAAAACACAAAAGACAAAAAAAAGUAAUAUUAAUGCUGAAGCUUGAAAAAAAGAGAGUGCACGAGCAGCUUUUCAAAGAAUGCCAAUCAUGUAUCUAUGGUGCAUUUACGAGUGUGUGCAACAUUCAUAAACAUGCCCCCUCCCCACCUCUCAGUCACCAUCCUCUGAUUCAGGCCAAAAAAAGAAGGAAAGAAAGUAAGAAAGAAAAGGUCAAAGGUGACCGAAUCACUAUGUAAAGCUUCUGUUGUCCGCCAUCUCUCUCUCCAACCAUUGCCGAUGGUUAUAAAUGUACAGCCUUAGCUUUUUAAAGACGUGAUCAUCUGUGCAUUAGUUUUAAUCAGAGUGGGUAUACAAAAAAGAAUCUCAUUUACGAAUACAGAGCGAAACGCCAUAUCUUUUGAAUAUUUUUACUGUUUCCAAGUCUCGCGGUACUCUCGGUUAGUCGAUUCUGAAAUGACCUCCUGUAAAUAUGAGUAUCGGACUUGCACGCAAACACAGCGUUGUACUCGAGCUGUUUCCUUUCCUGUCUUGUCACCGCUUUGUUUGCACAAUAAAGAAACUUGACUAACGUUGCAAGCGUUACUAACCAAGCACAUGUUUUAUCACAUUUGAAAAUGCGCAUUUUAACUAUAAAAAAAGAGAAAAGACAUCAAAAUGAUUUUUAAAACUCUCUUUCUUUCCAAUUCAUUGGGUGAUGUAGCGAAAAGGAUUAUGUUAUGACCUCCCUUUCUGAUAGAUUUUGUAUUUGUUGAAAAUUUUUGAGGGUUAUGGCUGAAAAAACUGGGAACACUGUAGUGUGGGUUUUAGAUUUGAUUUUGUCCUUCCUUUCCUCUUUUCCAUUUCUUUUCUUCCUUUUCUAUUUCUUUGUCACUCCCUUUGACACUCACCCAUUUCCCCAACGAUGGCUUAACAAGAGAGGGCCCUUCCUGUGCUUGGAAAUGCAGUUUCUAUUCUGUGAAUGAAAUGUUGUACAAAUCAAUGUCUGAAAAUAAUGAUACUGAAAAAUUUUAAGUUAAAGCGUAUAAGCGUUCUUUUCUUGUUUGAAUCUGCCAUGAGUUGAACUUAUAGUCGCAUGCUGUACAAUUGCUUCAAAGAAAAAGAAAAAAAAGGUGCAUACGGUUUGUCGUACAUCUAAUGUUCAUUCGAGAUAAUGUAUUAACCCUCGAAUCAGUCAUAGCAUAAUCUCGAAUGGUUUGGCUUCUGCGUACACACUUUCCUUCUCCUGGCAAUGCUAUGCACCUGAGUGAGGGGGGAGAGAGCCUUUUACACACUCUAAGUACAAACUUAAUGAUUAGAAAAUAAAGGGUUUUUUUGUUUUGUUUAUUUGUUACUUUCUCCUUUUUUUAAAAAGAAAAUAAAGACGGGGUCCGAGUAAGGAUCUGUGUCCAGAGUUCAAGUAAAAUAUAUUCAUCACAACCCACCUCCUCCCCCUACCACCAAUUCACUCAGACAACUUUUCUAUUUGAACAUGGGGUAAAAUUGCUAAAUUUUGGGGGGGGGGGGGGGGGGGGCGUUUUUUUUUUUUUGUUUAUGGAGGGGGCGGGUGGGAGCAAAAGACAAGGAUUUCAUGUGACUUUCUUUAUUUGGGGUUGGCAUCUGAAUGGCAGAUUUUCCUUUUUCCCACUGUAAACAGAUGCACUUUCUUUGAUAGUUGUGACUUUUUUUAAUUGUUUUAUUUCUCUGCGAUAAUGUACAAUAAAUGUGAUGUAUUUGUGUGUGCUGCCAUUGGUUAAAAAAAAAGAAAAAAAAAAGUUAAACUGCAGUUGAAAUACAGAUUCCCCUUUUUUCUCUCCAUUAUUAACCUGUAGACCUCCGCAUCCUUCUGGAACCCUAUACUCUCACCUUUUGUAUUUAAUUUCAGUCUGUCGGUGUACAACAGAGAGAUGGAUGCAAGAUAGAUACUAUAUUAAAAUGUACUGUUAUUUAAAAUGUAAUAAAGAGGUUUGAAAUGUCA